CAACAACUAACCAUCUAUCUCGCUUCUCCCAGUGCAUCAGCAAGCGUGCUGAAUGAUUAUGCAGAUUGAUGUCAUUGCCCCUUCAAGGCUUUAUUCUCCCUUCGGCAAUGGGCUAUGGCCGAUUAAUCGUGAUUAGCGCCUCAAGAAGCCAGUCAACGUGUUGGCCAUGCUUUGGUCAAGGGUAUUCAGCUCAUGCCUGAGUAAUCAACUACUCAUGAUGAGUAGAGACCAUAGGCCAGAUCCUGGCGGGGCACCCGUUGGUGAAAACCCGAGCCAACCUCGUAGUGGAGUCAAGCAGGGUAUUCGGAAAUUUGUGAGACGCGUGACCAAGAUACAUUCUAAACCCUUCAAGUCUUCCCGCAACCGCAUUCCUGCAAACCAGAACGUAGACCUUCGAGAUGCUUCAACCACUGUGGUCCAGAACGUCGAAACGGAAGGGGCUUCAUCAAGUCAGAAAGUUGACUCAUCCAACGACAACAAGCAUCCCACCACAUCUGAGAUUCCAAGUGACUCCGUGAACCAUGGGCUGUCCGAAGAGCCUGCUCCCCAGGUCCAGGCCAAUCCUUCUGGCGAGGAGGAAGGUCCUGAUCCCCAAUUAGUUGAUGCUGAACUUCAGGGUGCCUGUGGUAGUACACAAAGCAUGGGAUUACUCGGGAAACAUGCGACUUCUAUGGCAUCGGCCGCCAACAAUGUCCCAGGGGGUCUUGCCGCUGCCACGAAUAAUUUUGAGACGAAGUAUCUCCAACCCCUGAAGAUUAUCGAUGGUGUCCUCGAGAAGAUCGGGGAUAUACAUCCAUACGCAAAGAUGGCGCUGGGUGUGCUAUCUACUGCAUCCAAAGGAGAGCGCGACCAAUCGAUUAUUAGUCUUCUCCAAAAAUUGGCUGAAGUUUACCACUUCAUGACUCAAGAUGACAGUCUUGAAAAAAUUGAAUCGAUGCGUGGUAUCGUUGGAAAGAUCGUUCAGCAGACUCAUGAGUGCGCCCGUUUCAUCAGGGACUACUCGGAAACAAAGAGCUUUUGUGGGUCACCAAGCUAUCGCACUUCGUGCAUGAAUCUUAUAGUAUUAUCGUAGGGAAGAGACUCGGGAAAAACGUUCUGUCGGAAACUGAC